GUGCGGCAAACAACAAAUGUGAAAUUAAAAAAAGCAAAUCUGAUAGCUUUUGAGAAAAGACGGUAAAAUACAGCCAAAUUAUAGGUUGUGCAAAAGAAAAGAGUAGUGAACAAAAUCAAAACGGAGGCAAUAAACAGAUAUUACGCAUCAAAUUACUAUUGCAAAAUACAGUGAUAAAUGAGUGAAUAUUUUUGAUUUUUUUUUUCGAAAAUUGAACCGCCGCAAAAAGGACAUUUUAUAAAAUAAUAAAAAAGAAAUUACCGAAACAUCAUGUUGGUUUUUUCACUAUUGUUUGCCCUGGUAUGGGCAACAACAAAUAUAGAAGUUCAAGGGCAAUCCUAUUCAAGAAGUUAUUUAAAUUCUGGAGUAACACCCACUUCACAUUAUUAUCACCAUCAAAGCAGCGGCUUUGUUCCAUUGACAUAUAAAAGCGACUUGAUACAUGAAGAAACCAAACAUAGAUCCUCCAAGUAUUCAAAGAAACCUUAUAAAAGCUAUAGUUCGAAUUCAUAUUACUUUCAGGACGAAGACGAUACCUCUUCGGAACGUUAUACGUCGGAUGUGUAUUCAAACGAGGCCAGACAUCCUUAUUUGGGCAAGGAUCAUGACAGUCGAGAAUAUACAAUUGGUACACACAUCAGAGUACAACAUCCCAUAAGUGUGCCGAAAAAAAUCAAAUCUGUUUCCCAUCCCACAAAGAGUAGUAAAUACUCAACCAUAUCCAAUGCCGGCGGAAGUUAUUCUCUUGACAACUCUCAGGAACAACGUGCCGCACCGGAAUAUUUUACAAGUGCAGUUAAAAAACAGAAGUUCUCCAAACUCUACGAUCCCGAUCCAUUCCAUGUCAUUGCACCACCAAAAUCUACAGUUGCUUCUCAUAUUAACCACCAUUCAACGCCAAGCUAUGAUGUUUACGAGCCACACAUAGAUUCCUAUGAAAACUCUGAUAUUCCCCUAAAAUCGCUGAAAUCAAAUCAACGUGAUCGUUUCAAUGGCGUUGCAUCGAAAAAGCAAAUCGAACAGUAUUUGGAGGAUCAGGAGAAACUUCUGGAUGAAGCCUUAAAAUUACAAUUGCUGAGCAGUCCGAAAUUCCAAAAACUUUUGAAGUCGACCGAAAAAGAACAUUUCCACAAAGAAGUUGACUUUGAGGAUGAAUAUGUAGCCAAUGCCCCGCCACCAUAUCGUGAACAAUUUCCCAAACCAGCUGCCUUGCCUCCAAGUGGAAAGAGAUCUCGUCGUCGUCCUCCAACAUCAGAAUUCAGUCGCCCACACAAGACGUUAGUUCUUUCCAAACCCAAUCGGAAAUAUCGUCAGGCGUACGUCAUCGAAGUUUAGGCAGCAGAAUUUUGUUUUUGUUUUUUCAUUUGUAUAUGACUAAUUAUUCUUCAUUUAGAACUAAGUAUAAUUUAUAAUGCAUGUAGUUAAGAUUAUUAGUUUAGUAGAUUUGUGAACCGUACUUCGUGGUAUUA